GUGUUGUACCAUAAGCAGUAGAUGUUGUACAUUUGCCACUGGUCUGAAUCUGACUUGAGAUCUUCAAGAAAAGGCAAAUCGCGUACACAUUCUCCAAUCAUGUGUGCCAAAUAAGUUCCUGAAGUUGUUCUCAGCUGCUCAAAUCAAAUGGGCCUCCUAAAUCUUCCUUCCUCAAAGAAUCGCCAUGCCCGGCAAUGGCGUCUCUUGGAUAUAGUCACCGCCGCCUUCUUCGGGGCAGUCCUGCUCUUCUUCCUUUUAGUUUUCACUCCACUGGGUGACUCCUUGGCGUCCUCUGGACGCCAGACCUUGCUCCGCUCCGAUCCCCGCCACCGCGGCCGGCUGGUGGCGCUGGUCGAGCAGGGGCGGCAGGCGACGGUCCUUGAUGCUUGCCCCGCCGAUAUGGUGGAUCACAUGCCCUGUGAGGAUCCCAAAAUCAAUAGCCAGCUUAGCAGGGAGAUGAAUUUUUACAGGGAGAGGCAUUGCCCCCUCCCGGAGGAAACGCCGCUUUGUCUGAUCCCGCCGCCGCAGGGUUACAAGAUUUCGGUCCAGUGGCCGGAAAGUUUGCAAAAGAUUUGGCAUGGCAACAUGCCUUAUGAUAAAAUAGCAGAUAGGAAAGGGCACCAGGGAUGGAUGAAGAAAGAGGGUCCAUAUUUCAUAUUUCCAGGUGGAGGCACCAUGUUUCCAGACGGGGCAGUUCAGUACAUAGAGAAACUUAAGCAAUAUAUCCCCAUUGCUGGUGGAGUUUUGAGGACAGCUCUUGAUAUGGGAUGUGGGGUUGCUAGUUUUGGGGGGUACAUGCUUGCUGAAGGUAUUCUAACUCUUUCGUUUGCUCCAAGAGAUUCACACAAAGCGCAGAUACAGUUUGCAUUGGAAAGAGGAGUACCAGCAUUUGUGGCCAUGCUUGGCACACGCCGACUUGCUGUUCCUGCCUUCUCAUUUGACAUGGUUCAUUGUUCACGAUGUCUGAUUCCUUUCACUGCAUAUAAUGCAACAUAUUUCUUGGAAGUUGACCGUAUACUUCGGCCAGGAGGCUACUUAGUUAUCUCCGGCCCCCCUGUCCAGUGGCCUAAACAAGACAAGGAAUGGGCCGAUCUGCAGGCAGUAGCCAGAUCCUUGUGUUAUGAGCUCAACGUUGUGGAUGGAAACACAGCCAUCUGGAAUAAGCCUAAUGGGGAUUCCUGUUUUCCCAAUCAAAAUGAAUUUGGGCUUGACCUAUGUGAUGCAUCUGAUGAUCCGAAUUCUGCAUGGUACACCAAAUUGACGAAAUGUGUGAGCAGGAAGUCCUCAGUAAAGGGAGAAUAUGCUGUCGGGACAAUUCCAAAAUGGCCAGAGAGAUUGACAACUGCUCCUUCAAGGGCUAUUAUGAUGAAAAAUGGGGUUGAUGUGUUUGAAGCUGACAACCGGAGAUGGACAAGGAGAGUUGCCUACUACAAGAAUUCAUUAAAUGUAAAAUUGGGGACUCCAUCAAUACGAAAUGUCAUGGAUAUGAAUGCAUUCUUUGGUGGUUUUGCAGCAGCUAUAAUAUCAGAUCCCGUUUGGGUUAUGAAUACAGUACCCCCUCGCAAGCCCUCGACUCUUGAUGUGAUUUAUGAUCGAGGACUUAUAGGCGUUUACCAUGAUUGGUGUGAGCCUUUCUCCACGUAUCCCCGUACCUAUGAUCUUGUUCAUGUAACUGCUAUCGAGACACUUAUUAAGGAUCUGAGUUCUGGAAAGAGCAGGUGUAACCUUGUAGAUUUGAUGGCGGAAAUUGAUAGAAUAUUGCGUCCAGAAGGCACUGUUAUAGUCCGGGAUUUACCUGAAGUGAUUGAUAAAGUGGAUCGCAUCUCACGAGCAAUAAGAUGGAGGUCUUCCGUACACGACAAAGAACCCGAAUCACAUGGAAGAGAGCGAAUUCUGGUGGCUAGAAAGGAACUGUGGAAGCUACCCUCUUGAAACAAUACUGUCCUUUGUAACGUAGGUAUUCUUCCCUAUACCUUGGUUUCAUAUUUACAUGGGUUCUGCCCAACUAUAGCCCUACGAGUCUUUUUCAUAUUUUCUAUUAUUUAAAAGCAGCAACUGUGAUAGAAUGAAGAAAAGUGUAAAAAGCUGUAAUGGCCUGUUUUCUUUCACUAGGCAUGCAACAAUGUCUUGAAAUUUUACGUAAGUCAAAUAUAUUUUGGCAUUA